ACUCGGCACACAGGCUAUCUCCCUCACUCUUCCACGGCCGUACCUGCCCUGUCCUGCCCUCCCCAACCCCACUUUCCGAAUAAAAUCAGAGGACUAUGGGCAGCUGCAGGUCCAAGACGUCGGCGGCUGUGAGUAGCAGCUCCUGCAAGGGCGGACAGUCCGAGAUGCUCUCCCCAUCACUGGCAUUGUCUUGCACCCGCAUGGACUCGGGCUGUGCGGUGGAUGAUGUACUGGAUCGUUUUUGCACUCUUCAUGGUAGCAGAGAUCGUCACCGACAUUUUUAUCUCCUGGUUCCCUUUCUACUAUGAGAUCAAGAUGGCCUUUGUGCUGUGGCUGCUCUCGCCCUACACCAAGGGCGCCAGCCUGCUUUACCUCAAGUUUGUCCACCCAUCCCUGUCCCGCCACGAGAAGGAGAUCGACGCAUACCUCGUGGAGGCCAAGGAGCGCAGCUACGAGACCAUGCUUAGCUUCGGGAAGCGGGGCCUCAACAUUGCCGCCUCGGCUGCUGUGCAGGCUGCCAGCAAGAGUCAGGGGGCGCUGGCCGGCAGGCUGCUGAGCUUCUCCAUGCAGGACCUGCGCUCCAUCCCCGAUGCACCCGCUCCUGCCUAACAGGACGCCCUCUACCCAGAGGACCAGGUGCUCCACCGGAGGCCACCCAUUGGGUACCGGGACGGGGGCCUGCAGGACAGCAACACGGAGGAUGACUGUUGGUCAGAUACUGAGGCGGUCCCCCGGAUGCCAGCCCGGCCCCGAGAGAAGCCCCUGAGCCGCAGCCAGAGCCUGCGUGUGAUCAAGAGGAAGCCACUGGUGCGGGAGGGCACCUCGCGCUCCCUAAAGGUUCGGACGAGGAAAAAGACUGUGCCCUCAGACAUGGACAGCUGGGGUCUGCUGCGUCUGGCCCGUUCUUACCUCGUGCCCUGCAGGGCUCUGGGGAUAUUUGGAGACCUUUGGCUGCCCAUCUGGCCUGCCUGCACCGGCCGCUGGGCCCCGCCCUCCUUGCUCCUGCUGAUGGUUAAGGGCCGGGAGCAGAUGCUGCCAAGGCCGCAGGCAGGAUGCACCAUGAUGUACCAAAGCAGGCUAGGCCAGCACUCUUACUUAUGGCCUUGCUCUGCCUCCUCCUUCCCUGGUUGUGGGACCAGAGCCCUCCAGGAACUCCUGCAAAUGAAACCAAAAGUCUACCUGGGUGUGUUCAUUCCUUCCUGUCCUUCUAAGUACUUGAUAGCCUUUCAUAAGGCCUGGUGUGUGUAUCCUGGUUGUGUGUGUGUGUGUGUGUGUUGGUGAGUGAGGUCAGGUUUGUGAACGUUUUGAUAAACAAAUACGUAAAGGGGA